GUCAUUUAUGCCUGUGUCCAUUCUUUUACCAUUUCUAGUGGACUGAGGUAUUACCCCUUUGAUCUAAAUCUUUCAGAACCUCUCCACAUAAUGUCGAGCCAACCUGCCCCAGCUCGCCCCUGGUUUCGUUUAGCAUCCAUAGCAAGGCCAACCCACCCCAAGCCCCUACUCCAACCACUGAACCCGCUCCAGCCCCGCCACGACCAGCCGCUGUUCGACCUACAUUUAGGCCGGUAGCUCAGCCUCAAGGAACUGUCCCUGCUGCACCAGCUGUGGGUGGGGUUUCUUCGGUUCCAACAUCCCCUGUUGCUGUUGGCAGAGCUUCUCAGCCGUCUUCCCCUGCUGAUAAAAACCUACAACUUCCACUUCUUCAGUUCCUAGUUCCCCAGUGAGGACCGUGCCAACUGUAACUGCAACUGCGGCAGGCCAACUAUUUCUCCACCGAAAUCAGCGACAAUUGCGUCAGUGCCAUCUUCUCCAGCCAAGCCGGUCGCGACUACUGCUUCUGUGCCAACUUCUCCAGCCAAGCCGGUCGUGACUAUUGCUUCUGUGCCAACUUCUCCAGCCAAGACAGCCCAACUACAUCACCAGUGACAAGUUCUCCAACCCAAAAGCCUGCCUCCUCUAUUGCCACCACGACUCGUGUGCCUAGCCCUCCAGCAUCAACAACAGCGGUCAAACGUGCCACACAAUCUCCGAUUCAAUCACCAAAGAUCAAACCACCAACUGCUCCGCCACCUUCUCCUUUGAUUCUCCCACCUUCCCAGUUUAAAGCUCGAGCUGAGCUUGAACCCAAGAUCCCAAUUGAGGCAGAGCAAAAGACUGUGCUCGUUCAAACGAGAAUUGACAAGCCCAAACCGGAAUGGGUCGUAACUGCUCAAAAGAUCUAGGUGAUUUACUUACAAGCCUAGCAUUCCGCUGCAAGGAAUGAAAGAACCGUCCAAGAAUGGGGAGACAAAGGAGAAAGGUCAUGGCAAGAAGUUUUCUUCAGAUUCUGAGGAUUCCGCCAUGAGGGUCAUAACAAUUGCUGGUGAAAACAAAGGUGCUUUCAUGGAGUUAAUCCAAUCACCCCAUAAAAAUGGCUUUCAGGGCAAUCAUCGUGAACAAAAGAGGACCAAUUUAUCUAGAACUAUCAGCGACGGCAGUGACUACCAAAGCUACAGCAGCAGCGAGGAACGUGGUCGCAAGGUGAAAGACAAGAGCAACACAUCAAAGACAAUGCCUAUGAAUGCAUUCAUGAACAGCAAUGUGCAAGGCGUUAAUAACUCAAUUGUCUACAACUCUUCAUGCACUCACCAUGACCCUGGUGUGCACCUUUCUCUCCUCAGAAAACCAUCCGGUGGCGGAUUUCAAGUCAAGGAACGCACCAAUGGCUACAACAGCUAGAGAAAGAAGAAACCAAAGCAUCGCAAGGGUUUUACUUUCGUUUGAUGAAUUAAUUUAGGCUAAAGUACUUAUGUUUUUAAGAAUAAAUCUAUGAGUUAUUUGAGUGAUGGCUAAAGGGGACAUGUAUUCGGAUUCGUCGGUACCACUUCUUCUGUGGUGCGACGGUCCUUGUCCCAUGCCGUGGCCCUGGCCUUUGGUAUUGAGAAUUAUAUAUGCUAAACGUUGAGUGUAAUAAAAAGUGGAGCAUAAAACCAUUGUGUUUGCAAUCUCA